UUCCUCAGCUAAGCACGAUGCUGACCCUGAAGAGGCUGACACUGCUCGCCGCCUGCCUCUCCGUGGGCGGCGGGUCUGACCUGCAACUGGAAGCCGCCGGCCUCCCAUGCCAGGCUCGGAACUUCGGGGCUGACAGCGUGGUGUGUGUGUGCACCGCUGACUACUGCGACUUCCUUGGCAACGUCACGCGGGGCCCUGACGGAACCUUCACCAGCAUCACCUCCUCCAGGGAUGGUCUUCGCUUCCACGUGGACACCGGCGUCUUGUCCCAGACGUCUGUUGAAGGGGGUGUAAUCAUCCACGUAAAUCAUAAAUACGAGUACCAGACCAUGAUGGGAUUCGGAGGAGCGUUCACGGACGCAACGGGUAUCAACAUUGGUACUCUGCCCAACGAUACCCAGGAGGUUCUAAUGAAGUCCUACUUCUCGCCUGAGGGCCUCGAGUACAACCUGUGUCGCGUCCCCAUCGCCGGGAGUGACUUCUCGACUCGCCCCUAUUCCUAUGACGACGUAGAGGGCGACGUGGAACUAACACACUUCAGUCUGACGGACGAGGAUUACAUGUACAAGCUUCCGUACAUCCAGCGGGCCAUGUCGUUAUCCGAACGAGAGCUGCUUAUCCUCGGUUCUCCUUGGUCCCCCCCGGCCUGGAUGAAAGAAAACGGACACUUCAACGGGUCUGGUGGCCUUCUGAAGGAAAUGUGGCAACCUUAUUCCGACUAUUUUGUGAAGUUUGUGCAGAGUUACGAGGCCGAGGGUGUGCCGAUAUGGGGACUCACGACACAGAAUGAGCCUCUUACAGGGUUCGAGGACUGGUUCUGGAACACGUGUGCUUGGACGGCAGAAGACCAACGGGAUUGGAUUAAGACCAACUUAGGCCCAACUCUGGAAGCUGCUGGACUCCGAAGAAUUAAACUCAUGGUUGAUGACCACAACCGCGACACCUUGCCCUGGUACCCUGCCACUAUUCUGGAGGACCCGGAGACCAACAAGUACGUGGACGGAAUCGCUCUUCACUGGUACGCCGAUGACUGGACAGGACCCAGCGUGAUGGACGAAACCCAGGCGCUCUUCCCUGACAAGUUCCUUCUCUACACCGAGUCCUGCGACGGUUGGGAUGCCAGCCCCGAAGACCGUGUGCUUCUGGGGGACUGGUACAGGGGAGAGAGUUACGCCUAUAAUAUUAUCGACGACAUGAACCACUGGUCGACGGGAUGGGUGGACUGGAACAUGGCCCUGGACAUGACAGGAGGGCCUAACUGGGCCAACAACUUCGUGGACUCUCCCAUCAUUAUCAACAAGGAAACGGGAGAGUUUUACAAGGAGCCGAUGUUCUACGCGAUGGGUCAUUUCAGCAAGUUCAUCAGCCCGGGAUCCCGUCGCACGUACACUAAUAUCUUCGGGUCUGAACAAGUCAAGGCUACAGCUGUUCAUAAUAGUCAGGACGAUACCACAACCGUCGUCAUUAUUAAUCUAGGCGACAAGGCAGAGGUCGUGAGCGUUGACAUCGGCGACGGCACCAACUACAUCAACUUCGACCUCCCCGCCAAGGCCAUCGUCACUCUCCUCUUCCGAACCCCGACCGACACUAAGUAAAGGGAACCUGAGGACUCGACUACGGGGAAGGAGGGGUGGGGGGGAGGGGGGAUAAGGGUGUAAUAUCUUUUUUUCUUGUUCUUCUUCUUAAAUUUAUAGAGUAUUGAUUUUAGCGUUCGGACUUUAUUGUAUUUUUUCCUGUAUUUAUGCGUGAUUAAAUCUGCAGUGAGCGCUUUUCA